AUGAGCGGCAGAGGCAAAACCGGUGGUAAAGCCAGAGCGAAGGCUAAGACUCGUUCAUCCAGAGCCGGACUUCAGUUUCCUGUCGGCCGUGUUCACAGACUUCUUCGCAAGGGUAACUACGGAGAGCGCGUCGGUGCCGGAGCUCCAGUUUAUCUCGCCGCUGUGCUCGAGUAUCUUACUGCUGAGAUCCUGGAGUUGGCCGGAAACGCCGCUCGUGACAACAAGAAGACUCGCAUCAUUCCCCGCCAUUUACAGCUGGCAGUGCGUAACGACGAGGAGUUGAACAAACUCUUGGGUCGCGUGACCAUCGCUCAGGGCGGUGUGUUGCCCAACAUUCAGGCUGUGUUGCUGCCAAAGAAGACCGAAAAGCCCGCUAAGGCAAAGUAAACCUAGUUUGACCAAGAAU